AUGUUCUGCUCACGCCUCGUGCUAGUUUCUCUAACAAUAGUAAUUUACUCGGUGAAUCUUGGCUGCUCCGCGACUUUGGCCCCUGAUGAAGUGGAUGCGUUGAAGCAAAUAGGAAAGACAUUAGGGAAGAACUGGAAUUUUGAUGUGGAUCCUUGCAGCGAAGGAGGGAAUUGGAGUAUCCCUAAUGCACCUGAAGGAUCUGAGAAUGCAGUAAUCUGCAACUGCACCUUUGUUAAUAACACCAUUUGCCAUGUAGUCACCAUUGCUCUAAAAUCUCAAUCUCUUCAAGGGACUGUACCCGGAGAACUGGUCAGACUCCCUUACCUCCAGACAAUUUCCCUACUGGGCAAUCGUAUUACAGGUCCAAUACCGGGCGAAGUUGCCAACAUCAGUACUCUCUCGGAUCUGUAA